AUGUUGCCCUUAUUCCUAAACAUGGACUUUCCGGACAACAUCUGUCGGUCCAUAGUGGCCCAAUUGGACACAAACAGCCUUAUAAGUCUUGCUGCCACCUGUCGCGGGUUCUACUGGCCCGCAAUGCAGCAGCUCUACCGCAGUCUGCUCCUGGUUGACACCCGGCUCAACAGGGUGGGAGACUCGGACUUUACUAUUCUCUCCACCAACAAGUUUGAACAAUUCACCGAGACCCUCAUCAACAACACCAACCUGGUGGGUCUGAUCCAGCGGUUUGUGGUGUGCUCCCACAGCAACAACGUCGAGGGAUUGGAUUUCCUCGUGGGUCUUUUGGUUGAAUACAAGCUGCGUAACAACAGUGUGCCGUUGCUCGGACUCAAAGAGUUCAAGAUCCUCAACGAGACCACUCCGUACAAGUUCCUGUUUCUGAACAAGGAGUAUGUUCGGUCAAAGAAACUGAAAAAGGGGUCCGUUCUGCUGUACGAGAACGACGAGGACGAGUUCACCGAAUACUCCAACUUUAAAACGUCUAAUACAGUGGUUUCUCUUGAGAGCUACCAGCUGGUGAAUCUGGUGGAAUUCAACGACAUUUCCUCGGACACCAGAGAGAUCUGCAUCAAUACCUCCAACCGGUACCAGGACGAAGGGUUUGUUAAAACGGAUAGAAUGUGUCGGAUUUUUAACGGUCUUGAAUCGCUAGAGAUUCUAAAUCCAGAUGCUACCAACACUUUGUUCACCCAGUUAAAAGAUCAAAAGGUCCAUCUGCACUCGUUGACCCGGCUGUCGCUCAAUAUGACCGACCUCAAACCACUGACAGCAGUCAUGAGCUGUGUACGGCUCGAAAACUUGGAAAGCUUUGAGCUCAAGUUCAAACAGACUUCCAUCAGCCACGAAUCGGACGCAGCCAACCAAAAACUGCUCGAGUGCAUCCGUGGCAGCUUCCAGAACCUCAAACGGCUGUCACUGAUCCACUUGAACUCCAACAACCUGCUCAAAAACCAGUCGCUCGGAUCGCAGCUGCUGCUCAGCGACGCCAGCCUCUCAUACUGCAUCAUGGAGAACCUGGCCCUGUUCAACUCGACCAUCUCCUACCUCAACAUCAGCAUGAACAACUUUGCAUAUCUGCCGCCCGUCAGCACAGACUAUAGAAACAUGAUGACCCAUUUUGUUGUGGACGAAACGUACUUGGAGACCCGUGCACGCCAGUUCAGCAACCUGCUGCGCUUCCAGCACCUCCAGACCCUCGUUAUCCCCGAUUAUUUCUACAACUGGAAACCGUUCAUCCGGCUCGAGGAAACCGUCAAGCAAAGAUCCGGCGGCAUCAGCUCCAAAACACUCUACUCCGGCUGCACUUGUCAGAAAUGCUCCCAAACCCAGCAGUUAUUGGGCAGGUACUCAGAGAAACUCAAUUUCAACGACAACUCUGCGUAUUCCAUCUACAAUUUCCUAGUGGGACUCCUGCACAGCCGUAUGACCAGUUUCGAGACAAGCUCUGGACUCGACAUCCUCAAGUACCCGUUCUUGGACCCAGUCGAGAUCUCGCACUACGGCUACCUGGACCUGGAUAUCUGCGGGUUCACCCAGCUGAUCCUCGACAAUCUCCAAAGCGACCUGUGUUUCUUUGCCAGCCACUUCCCACACCUGCACACGCUCUGUCUGGGCGGCAUCCGACUGUCCAUCGACAGAUCAGACACCGACUUCCGGUUUGCUGCCAUCGACGACAACUGGACGUCGCUGGUGCGUCGAUCGACCGCAUAA